AUGGCGCCGAAUUUGGAAGCCAGUCGCGUGGAAAUCCUCACCCAGCCUACUUCCACUAUUACAGGGUUCCCACGCGAACAGCACAGCCUCUUCUCGAUGAAGUGGGCAGUCGGCGAGAAGUGGUGGCACCGAUCAAAUUACACGGGCGCGCUCAUCUUCAACGCGGCCUCAUUCAUCCUCCCCGCUCUAUACGGCACACUCGUCAAGAUCUGGGUCGCGAAUAUCAACUCCUCGCUGGUCGCUACGACGGACGUCUACACCGCCUUCUCAGCGCUUAGCUCUGCUGUCGAGGUCGCGGUCUUGAACGCGACGCGCGCUCUUGAUAAACCGGAUGUCCCGCUGUUUAUCAGUUUCGUCAAAGUGACAGUCAACAUCGUCCUUGACUUUCUAAUUAUAUCGACGUUCCACGUCGGCAGCUGGACGCCAGAUAUUAACAUGCAAGCCGGGAUCCGACUUACCUGCGACAUGAUCGCGGCUAUUUCCGGCCUCGUCUACUUUCUCUUCACAGUGAGUUUCAAACGGAAUGCCGAUGCUCCAACGAUGCGCGGAUUUCUGGUCCUCCUACAACCGGGCUCGAUCACAUUCAUUGAAUCAGCUGUUCGGAAUGCGCUGUAUCUCUGGCUUGUUGCCGGAGUCGUCUCAAUGUCAGCGGAUUACGCCACGGCAUGGGGUGUGUUCAGUACGAUCCGGUGGGGUCUCAUUAUGGUUCCUGUGCAGGCGGCGGAGGCGACGACUCUGGUGUUUGUGGGUCAUGCUUGGGGGCACCUGAAGCAGAGGACGGAUUACCAGCGGUGGUCGUGGUUGAGUCUUUACGUGGUUACGCGCCCGGCCCUCCUAUCCGUCGCAAUCGUGCUGACGAUCGAGAUCCCACUGUUGAUAUUCAUGUCACUGUAUGGAUGUGAAUCCUUCGCCUUUUGGCUGAGCAACUCGCGCCCCGUCGCGAAGAUCGUCGAAAAUAUGUGGCGCACGAUUGACUGGUGCUACAUCCUCUACGCAAUCUCCACCCAACUUGCCGCCAUCCUCCUCGCAACGCGAACAUCAUGGUACCUUGCGCAAUCCUUAAUCAGCAAUAUCUUCUACGUCCUCCCCUGGGCGAUCGUGUGCCAGGUCGUGGACCUCAAUCCCGAGAACGCAUGGACAUACCAUAGCCUCGUCUUUGGGGGGAGUCUGGUGUUUUCGUUUGUGGAGAUUUUGCUAGUGGAUGGUGUUUGGGCGUGGAGGUUCCUGCGGGGGAGGUUGGGAGUAGGGACUGUUUGA